AGUCAGUAGCCGGUGCUUAACAAAAUAUACAAAAAAAAAAUUGGUGAAUAAUUACAAUUGCAGUUCAGAUGCCGGUGGGGUCUUGAUGAUUCCGGGACCGGGAGACGAAUCUGACGAAUUGGCUUCAUCAUUGGGGAAUCAUUGGCAUUUUGCGAAACUGGCAGCUAAACUGAGACAUGGAUGCUGCCAGGAUUGCCUACAUCCUGCUCCUCGUGCUCUUGUCUCUAGGCUUCGGUUUACUUCAUCGCUGGCACGUCUCAACGCUUUUCGAAAAUGACAGACAUUUCUCCCAUCUCUCAGAGAUGGAGAGGGAAAUGUCAUUUCGGACGGAAAUGGGAAUGUAUUAUUAUUAUUAUAAAUUGAUGAUCGAAGCUCCGAGCUGGCAGGAGGGGCUCGAUAGACUGAGAAAUGACAAUUUGUCACAAUAUCCUAAGGUGAUCAAUGCUGAUAGGACGUAUAAUUUAUUUCCAGAGAUCUACGCAGGAACGCUUUAUCGCUUUGCUGAAUCGUUAGGCCUCCUUGGAGAGCCCCAAUGCUGGCAGACCGAAAGAGGAGAUGUACUCCCUCCAGUGUUGAGCUGCCAAGGGCUGUCAGUGCCGUCAUAUUUUUAUAUAUCUAUUGUCUGGUCCCUCGCCAUGAUGACUGGAUCAGUGCUCUUCCUGUACGCUACCUAUCUGAGUGGAUCAAUUUAUGGGGGACUAAUCGCUAUUCUAGCGUUUUUCUUCAAUCACACUGAGUGCACUAGAGUCCAGUGGACACCACCGCUCAGAGAGAGUUUUGCAUAUCCAUUGUUGCUCUUCCAGAUGUUCAGGGUCACCAUGUUUCUCGAUAAAUAUUCGUUCGAGAGGAAGAAAUUUACGUGGAGGAAUAUUCUGUGGGAUAACCCUUAUACAGACAUAUUCAUCACAACGCAGCUCUGCCUCUUCACCUGGCAGUUCUCCCAGUUCAUCUUCACUAUCCAAAUAGCAAUUCUCCUGAUCCUCCAGUGGUUGAAAAUAAUUCCUCGCUACGUGACCCUGUACUUGCUCUUCCACCACAUCAUAGCCAUCGCCUUCACCUUCUACCACGGGCCAAUGGUCAUCAACUCCAUGUACACUUGUCUGGUAGUUGGUGCGACAUACGUCAAUCUGAUGAAUGCCCACGUAGAGGGCCUCUGGAAUCCCUAUCUCCUUCUGUUCUCCGAUGUUAUCGGCACGAUAGGCUCAGCCAAAUUCAUGAAAUCCGCGAUGAUCGAUUACGACGAUUAUCAUCACGUGUACAAUCUCCUCAGGUCAAAAUUAUCCGGAUUCAGGGACUUUCACACAAUGAUGUACACGUGCUCACCGGAAUUUGAUUUUAUUCAUUACGAAACUUACGAGAUUAUUGUUAAGACAUUUUUACUGCCAACAGCCAUUCUCGGUGGAUUUUUCGCUGUUUAUUAUUGGUACAGAAAUUUCAAAGCUAGGGGAUAUCCAGAGUGCAUUGAGCCUGGUACUGCCUACAAUGGUCUGCAAACUGGGGCAUUUAUUGUCAUGGCAUUUCUAGUCAUGAGACUUAAAUUAUUUAUGACUCCCCACUUGUGUAUUAUCGCUGGUAUGGUAUUCAGUCGCAAGUAUAUGGCUAUUGUUGGAAUUAAGAGGGAACACCUCAGACUCACCGCGUUUAUCACUCUUGCUGCUCUUAUGAUGUACCAUGGGGUACAACGGGUGCAGGAGGAGCGACAGUUUUAUGGUGAAUACAGUAAUAUUGAGCAGGAACAGUUGUUUGAUUGGAUUAACGCGAACACUCCGAAGAAUGCAGUUUUCGCCGGAAAAAUGUCGAUAAUGGCUAAUUUACUGCUAGCCACUGAGAGACCAAUUGUCAACAAUCCGUAUUACGAAAGUACGGAGAUGAGGGACAGGACAUUGAAAGUCUACGAGAUAUACAGCAGAAAGGACGCAGCGGCUGUCUAUGAAACACUUAGGAAAAUGCAGGUUGAUUAUUUAGUACUGGACGAGGGAAAUUGCUACGGCCUUGGGAUUGGGAAAUCUGGCUGUCGAAUGGUGGACCUCUGGGACAUCUCGGACAAUGGACGAGCCAAACGACUCGGAAAACGUCCUCUCUGUCCCAUUUUGUACAGCGGAAAUGCCCAUCCUUUCCGGAGAGUAUUCGCUAACAAUCAUUAUGUCGUACUAAGACUAGACUAUUCUACUUAUGUUGAAUUAAAGCCUAAAGCUCCUAUUUUGAUGCAGUCGUGAAGAACGAGGAAACAAAGAACAUAUGUGAAAAAAAUUAUCAAAAGACUUAAAGAGCUCGCCGGACAUCUCUAUAGAAAUCUAAUAGAACUUUCUGCAAGUUCACUAGGUCUUUUGAAUAAGGGGUGACUGCUAUGAAUUUUAAAAACACAUUGAACACUGAUUAGAUAUUGAAAAAUCAAUAAUUAGGAACAAAAAAAUUUAACAGUCCAGUGCUUCCAAUUUUCGAGCCGCAGGGGUUUCGAUUUUUUAAUAAACACAAACUUCCCAGAAUAAUGCGAAAGAGUCAUUUGAAAUUCUAUUUCUGGACAAGUAAUUAAAUUUUUUAAUCUAAAAAUGGGACCAGUCCUGUAAAAUAUAUUUGUAAAAUUUAUAAUUGAAUACUUUACAAUCAAUUAUGUUUUCUUGGCGUUUAUUAUCCUUUUUUUACAACCCUCAAUGGUCGACUAAUCUCAUUUUAAUAGCUUGUGAAUUGCGAAACUCACAAAAGUCACCCCUUAAAUUUUUUUCAUCUACGAAAAAAAUAGUAUUUUUUCAAUUGUAUUCUUGCAUAAAACUUAUCGAGAGAAUUCGCAUCGAACAAACUUUCGUUUGUAUUUCCCAUGGAGAUAGACUGUUCACGCAAAGUGCACCUAUUUUUUCAAAUCCUGAAGUGCGUGUGUUGGAGAUUGAGAAUAAUCGGUGUGAUGGAAUGAAGAGUGAAAGCGUAACAAAAUCGCUCGCGAGGCAGUAGCCAGUCUCGUUACUGUAACCCCCCGAGUGAUAGAGACUUCUUCGGGUACUACCAUUAAUGCCGCACAUGGAAGCCAACUGAACUUCCGGGUAGAUAGAGAAUUACAUUUUACGAAUAAAAAUGAUAAUUGCCGGUACCGCAUUUGGUUGGAAUUUUUUUUCUCCUCGUUAUGAGGAAUUUAGAAUUACGAUAAUGCACAAGUUUUUUUAAUAAAGAGGGAGAGAAUGUUCUUGCAACUA